AUGAGAGCCGGGAUCGAGUUACUCUGUGCUCAGCAGAAAUACUUCAACACUCUUCGGCCGCAUCAGUACAAGAUGUUUACCCUUGCUUACUUCAGUGUAGAUGCAUCUGUUUCUAUGCUGGCUGCUCUUAUCGCAUAUCCGACUGAAAAUGGCAGUUUCGUCUUAGAAGCAUUUAGAUGUAUUAGGGAGACUCUCUGGAGGCUCAAUCAUAUCCGAGCCCCCAACCGGGUAGCAGGUCAAGGUGCGGAUGUCAUUCAGAGCCUUCUCGUUCGAGCAGAGAAGAGCCAUCCGCAUACCUCCUUUGGUGCCACCGAGACAUCAAUGACAGGGAGCAGCAGACCAUCCCAUGAUUUUGGAACUCCACAAACAGGUAGGGAGAUGCCGCAGGGAAUCACUCCGUAUUCAGCCCGAUUCCAACGACCAUUAUAUGAUCAUGGUUCUGGUUCUGGUUCUGGCUCUUCUUUUGACCAUAUAUCCAACUGGAUAACCCCGUCCGUUCUUAUGCCGCAGCAACAACCAGCCGCAUCCGCGAUCUCCAUUGAAACUGGGCCUGGAACUGGCAUUGGCACAGGCAUCGGCACUGGCAUCGGCGGCAGUAGCAGAGGCCAACAAUCUUCAUUCUAUGAGGCAUCUACUCUUCGACCAACAGCCGGCUUGACCUACAACGACCUAGCUUCCGCGCAAAUGUUCAACGGCAUGAGCCAAGGUGGCGCAUCAAGUCUCGGAAACAUUUUUGCGUCCACUUCUUCCUCAGCUGAACCUCAACAAACGGAAGGAGAGUUUGGUGAUACCUCAUUUUGGAAUUUUAUGAAUCGGGGCAUGCCAGAGCAGGCGUGA